UUUUUUUUUCUCGCCCGAGGAAUGGUUCGGCCCGAUCGGCGGCACGCGCAGCCCGGCAUCGCCGCCUUCCAGCUCUUCCCUCAGGAUCGGGCGGGGAUCGUAGGAUGGCGCUGCGGCUGCCUCUGCUCCGCCGGCCGGGCUCCCUCCGCGGGCUGAGCCUGCGGUGGCAGCACCGUGCCUCGGUCAAGGUGGUCAAUGAACCCGUUUUGGCCUUCAAACCUGGGAGCCCCGAGCGAGCCGCCCUCCAGCAGGCUUUAAAUGACUUGAAGGACAAGACCGAAGAGAUCCCGUGUGUCGUUGGGGGCGAGAAAGUGUGGACAGCUGACGUGAGAUAUCAAGUGUCGCCCUUUAAACAUUUACACCGAGUGGCCAAAUACUGUUACGCUGAUAAGGACUUGUUGAAUAAGGCCAUUAUCUCUGCUUUGGGUGCCCGGAAGGAAUGGGAUCUCAGGCCCAUCCAAGAUCGCGCGGAGGUCUUCUUCAAAGCGGCCGACAUCCUGAGCGGGCCCAGAAGGGCAGAGAUCUUAGCCAAGACCAUGGUCGGACAGGCUAAAACGGUCAUCCAAGCAGAAAUCGACGCGGCCGCAGAGCUGGUGGACUUCUUCCGCUUCAACGCUAAAUACGCCCUGGAGUUGGAGGAGGAGCAGCCUAUCAGCGCCCCGCCCAGCACCAACAGCCUGGUGUAUCGGGGGCUAGAGGGCUUUGUGGCUGCAAUCUCCCCCUUCAACUUCACCGCCAUCGGAGGGAACCUAGCAGGAGCCCCAGCAAUGAUGGGCAACGUGGUCCUUUGGAAACCCAGCGACUCGGCCAUACUGUCUAGUUACGGUGUCUACCAGAUCCUCCUGGAAGCCGGGCUGCCUCCCGGUGUCAUCCAGUUUGUCCCAGCAGAGGGCACCACAUUCGGAGAUACCGUGACCGGCUCGGAGCACUUGGCUGGCAUCAAUUUCACCGGCAGCGUCCCGACUUUUAAACGUCUCUGGAAACAGGUCUCUGAAAACCUCGACCGGUAUCGCACCUUCCCUCGGCUGGCUGGGGAAUGCGGAGGGAAGAAUUUCCACUUUGUCCACGCCUCGGCUGAUGUGCCCAGCGUGGUGAGCGGGACGGUCCGUUCGGCCUUUGAGUACGGCGGCCAGAAGUGCUCGGCCUGUUCCCGCCUCUACGUGCCAGACUCACUGUGGCCUCGCAUCAAAGCUGGGCUGCUGGAGGAGCAUCAGAAGAUCAAAGUGGGAGACCCAGCUGAAGAUUUUGGAACAUUCUUCUCCGCCGUGAUUGAUAGCAAGGCGUUCGCACGCAUCAAGAAAUGGCUCAAACACGCCGAAUCCUCACCCAAAUUGAACAUCCUGGCCGGAGGCGGCUGCGACGAUGCGGUGGGCUAUUUUAUCCAGCCGUGCAUUGUUGAGACAAAAGACCCCAAGGAUCCCAUCAUGCAAGAGGAAAUCUUUGGGCCAAUUCUGUCGGUGUACGUCUAUCCGGAGAAACAGUACAAAGAUAUUCUCCACCUGAUUGACAGCACUUCUCCGUACGGCCUCACAGGAGCGGUGUUUGCCCAGGAUAAGGCCGUCAUUGAUGAAGCCACCAAACUCUUAAGAAACGCGGCUGGGAAUUUCUACAUCAAUGACAAGUCCACUGGUGCAGUGGUGGCCCAGCAGCCGUUUGGGGGCUCUCGCGCCUCAGGAACCAAUGACAAGCCGGGCAGCGCUCAUUACAUCCUGCGGUGGACGUCUCCCCAGGCGAUCAAGGAGACCCACGAGCCGUUGGGGGACUGGAAGUACCCUUACAUGCAGUGACGUGGCUUAUGGGACCUUUGCAGACUUGGACAGCGAUGGGCUACGUUUCUCUUCGGCGGCUUUCCUUGCCAAUCUUUCCUAAGGCACAAAUUAUGAGGAGUGAAUUGAUUUCCUUCUCUUUGGAGAAUUAAAAUAAUAAUAAUAAUAUCCUGCUGAAAAUCAAAAAUUUAUCCCUCUACUUCAGCGCUGCCGUGUUUGUUAAUUUCUCCAGAGAGGCCUUGCUGCUUUGAACCCUCUUAAAUGCGCAUUCUUCAACUUUUAUAUCUUGUUUCUGAUAAAUUUUUGCCGCCUCUACUGGAGGGGAGAAGUGACUUUUGCUAAAAGGCAGCCUGGCGAAUCUCUUUUGUUAAAAGAAACAGAGGAACAGCCAGGAAGAAAGCACAUCUGGAGAAAUCGUGAGCAUCGAUUCGGCGAAAUUAGGAAAAGCGAAAUUAAAAUUCCUAUGAACUUCCUUCUUGCGCAUCCUAAGGAACGUGGGCUGAAAAGUUUCGCUUGGGUGUGUUUGACAGUCGCCCUCCAGCUGGGAUGCUGGUUCUUUUUAAAAAGAUCUAUUUUUGUAAAAUUUGAACACUCAAAUCAAGGGACAAGAAAUGCUUUAAAAGGGGGACUUUUGGUUAGCUUGCCAACUAAGCCAGGCUAAUUCUCUGCAAAAGCGCUAAAAUCGAGGAACGGAAGAAUGAAAAUUGAAUGUAUGAAACUGAUUGAUGGCGUAAAGACUUGACGAACAGCUAAUUUGCGGUGCCUUAAAGGGCAUAAAGCUUAUUAAAAAAAUCUCUACAACUGUGUUUGUGCAUCAAGGCUACAUAAUUUGCUUAUCCCUAUUUUGCUGACUAACAUUUUUAGCCCUUGUAGCUUUGGAAAAUUGAUUUAUUUAACGAAUCGCAUAAGCAGAUGUAAACCAACUUGGUUCUACUCCAUUAAUUCUUAACUCCAAUCUUACUCAUCGUUUUUGUUCCGAGAUAAUUGUUUUGAUUCCUGGUCCAGAUAUUCAGACUCAUGUUGUCAUAAUUUCCUGCCAAGCCGAAUUUACAUUUCCAGUUUUCUUGGCUUACGCACUAUCGCAUUUCCAUCGCUCAAACCAGAUUGUCCCCUGUAUGAAUGGAAAUCCUUCAAAACCUGCUCCUAAUUUUUCUUGCACAAAAAAAUCCCUUGCUUUGUUUUUACUAAAGUGUGAUUAACACUCCGAGAACUUCCAACAGCUGAUGAUUGUUACCACAGAAAAGUCUCAACACUGGAUGUGCUUCUAAAACAGAAAGAAAAAUGCCAAAACUAGGUAGCUAAAUAAAUACUUCCCAAUUUCAUAAUGGCUAGACAGCUUUUCCAGACAUAAUUUUUAUUGAGUUAUAAGAUAAGAUACAAAAUAUGAAAGUAAAUAGGAAAGCAGUAGGGUAGGAAGAGGGGGAAGUGAAGCGAGGAAGGAUUAGAAAAAAAAAAAGCAUUGACUUCCAACUUUCAGUGAAAUAAGGCAUUUAACAUCAAAUCACAACUUUUUGGGUUUUUUUUUUCAUAAUCAUAAAAACUAGCCAUUUCUAUAAGGAUCUAUCAGUCUGAUCGGUAAAACCCAAAAUCAAAAUGUCAUUCUACUUCAGGCACAAAGCUCAGAAGCUGUCUCCAUGUGGAAACGAAAGCACUUAUAUAGAAUAGAAUAACAGAGUUGGAAGGGACCUCAGAGGUCUUCUAGUCCAACCCCCCUGCCUAGGCAGGAAACCCUACACCACUUCAGACAAAUGGUUAUCCAACCUCUUAAAAACUUCCAGUGUUGAAGCAUUCACAACUUCUGGAGUGUGGCAAGUCGUUCCACUGGUUAAUUGUACUCACUAUCAGGAAAUUCCUCCUUAGUUCUAAGUUGCUUCUCUCCUUGAUUAGUUUCCAUCCGUUGCUUGUCUUGCCCUCAAGGUUCUUUGGAGAAUAGCUUGACUCCCUAUAUUCUUUUCUUUAAUCAAAAUAGUCCGUUUUGCCAUUUCAGCCAACUCUUAUCAACUUCUGCAACCAUUUGUUCAAAGGGCCUCUGGUGGCUCAGCAGACUAAGUCUGUCUGUUAUUAACACAGCUGCUUGCAAUUACUGCAAGUUCAAGUCCCACCAGGCCCAAGGUCGACUCAGCCUUCCAUCCUUUAUAAGGUAGGUAAAAUGAGGACCCAGAUUGUUGGGGGCAAUAAAGUUGACUUUGUAUAUACCGUAUAUACUCGAAUAUAAGCCGAUCCGAGUAUAAGCCGAGGUCCCCAAUUUUACCCCAAAAAACUGGGGUAAACUGGGGACUCGAGUAUAAGCCGAGGGAGGGAAAUGAGGCAGCUACUGGUCAGGGAAAGCCUCCCUCCCUCAGCCGAGAAGGCUGGCGGCUCCCCCGCCCCGCCCUCUCACUGCACCGGCAGGGCUUCCCCGCGCUAAUGCAAAAGCCCGCCAAGUUUGCACCAUCCGGUAUAAUGUGAAAAAAAGAAGAAAAAAAAAAACUCGAGUAUAAGCCGUAUAUACUCGAGUAUAAGCCGAGGGGACGUUUUUCAGCACAAAAAACGUGCUGAAAAACUCGGCUUAUACUCGAGUAUAUACGGUAAUAUACAAAUGAAUGACGACUAUUGCUUAACACAGUGUAAGCCGCCCUGAGUCUUCGGAGAAGGGCGGGAUAUAAAUUCAAAUAAAAAAAAAAUGGUAGGAAUCGAAGUGUCCUUCCAUUUUGGGGAGCAUACAGUAGUCUUUCUGCCGUCAGCAAUAUACAGUGCCAAAAAUUCUAAAUUUUGGAGUAUGAUUCAUAUUUUAAUGCGGGAAAAAAAUUAGAAAAUGAAGAUAAAGGAGCUUUUUUUUCGUUCCUGAACGCUAGGAGCAGGCCAGUUACAAUCAGCCUCGCCAUACUUGGCUUAGUGGUGCACGGAGAACCAAUAUCUGUACGGUCAUCAGCGUUUCAACAACUUUUCCUAAGUUGGGUUGAUCAAGCAUUGAUAAUGUCAGGUGAAGACUUAUUAAUAAAAGUUUUCUGCAAAAAAAAAAAA